AUUUGUGGAGCUCGAUUUUCCCCUUUCCGAUGGCUGGCUGGUUCAGCUUCAAGCCUGGCCAGAUAGCAUCCAGCGUGUAAGUACGCCUCUUCUUACUUCAGGUCGGACGUGAUUUGUGCCAGCUAGUAGUGGAUUUGGCUUUCCUUGGAAUUUUCCUUUGUAUCUUUGAUCGAAACCGUCAUCUUUCAUUGGCGUUGGCGCCAAAGACGUCCGGCUCCGGCUUCUUUCUGGUUCGGUACGAUUUACCAGCAGGCUGUUCGCGUCCUUAGUCGUAAAUUAUUGUUGAGCUGUGGUGUCAUCUUCUUUUCGAAGAUUUAUUGGUGAAAUCAAUUCAGUGAGUUGUAUAUUGUACGCAGAAAUCAGUUGACCGGGCAUUGACUAAAAGCGGAUACCUAAGGAAAUAUUCGCGAGUGGUGAUAGUCAGAAGGAGCGGAUUAUCAAAGCGUAAUUAGGAUAAGACGACGAGCUGUGCGUUUGGGUUGUUUUCUAGUGCAAGUGUGGAUCUUUGUGAAUCCGUCAAUGUAUCGUCGCGACACUAAGAAUUGGGACGUUGGACGGGAACAGUGACGGUUACAUGCGGAGGAAUUCGGCCAGCCACAUUACGUAACCAUGAUUGAUCAGCAACAGCAGCUAAGUUACUUUCCCAUGGAAAUCAAAUGUUCGAUGUCGAACGUUCCGGUUGGCGAUGGUCUCACGGGUCUACCGCCAACAAAUGAAAAUAACAACAAUUUAAACAACGUCAUCAAUAACAACACCGGAAACAUCGGCGGACCCCACAGUGGUACCAACAGCAAUAGUUGUAGUGCUGGUAAAACAUCCUCACUACAAGCAACCUGUUCACCGGUGCAAUCAACCGCAGCUGUGACCACACCGCCGUCCUCUGGUCCAGUUCCGGCCAUGGGUGCAUCACUGGCCGAACGUUUGGUGGCCGCCGUCGGAGUGGGAGGGGCCACCGUCGAAGCCUUGUCGACAAGCCAAUCGAGUGCGACAACAGGCGGCUCGGCGGGAAACACCACCCUUUGUGGUCAGUGCUGCAGCCCCAUCUGCGAUCGAUACAUAAUGAAAGUUGUGGACAUUUCGUACCAUGAACGCUGUUUGCAGUGCACUUCCUGCGCCAUCCGGUUGAUGCACUCUUGCUUCAUGCGUGACGGAAAGCUGUACUGCCGCUUCGACUACGAGAGAUUGUACGGCCGGAACAGAUGUCUAGGAUGUGGUGAAAAGAUUGGUGCCGACGAGUUAGUAAUGCGAGCCCUGGAUAACGUGUUCCAUCUCAAGUGCUUUAUCUGCGUGGUGUGCGGAGUUCGACUUCAGAAGGGCGAUCAGUACGUCAUCAAGCAGAGCCAGCUGUUCUGCCGGCCGGACUACGAGAAGGAAGUGGAAAUGCUUCAAGGAUACAAUUACGAUGAUUAUUGCUGUGAUGAUAUUUUUCAAACGAGAAUCGACGGCAGACGUGGCCCGAAACGACCUCGAACUAUUCUGACCACUCAGCAGAGGAGGGCGUUCAAGGCAUCGUUUGAAAUAUCACCCAAACCGUGUCGAAAGAUUCGAGAAGGGCUGGCCAAAGAUACGGGUCUUAGCAUACGAAUAGUGCAAGUGUGGUUUCAAAACCAACGAGCCAAGAUGAAAAAGAUGCAAAAGAAGCAGCUCAAGGAUGGCAAUAAAGGAAGUCACAACAACAGCAGCAGCAAAGGAAACGAGUCUCAGGAUGAAUUAUCCGAAAACGAAUCGAAGCUGUCGCUCAAAAUCAAGGAUGAAAAUUCAAGAUCUAACAAUUAUCUUCACGACAGCUGUAGUGACACGGAAGGGGGUGUCAACGAUGGCGAUUCCUUUGGAUCUCGGAUAAGUGCCGGCGCUGAGGCAUUCAAGCCGGUCAAAGAGGAGGUUGACAUGGACGAGGAAUACUUUCGUCUGAUGACGGCCGCUACGCGAUUUGGAGGGAAAAACUUCGAAGAUCCCUCGAACAUUGUGAAAAGUGAAAAUAUUCCACUCAACACAAUGAUCGGCAUGGAGUACCCUUCGCUGCAACAACUGACAACGUCGAUGGCCCCUUCUCUCAACGCGCAACUGCUGAAUCCGAUUGAUCGGCUCUACUCGAUGCAAAAUUCAUACUUCUGUGGUCCGGACAACGGCGCUACCCCACCGGGAAGCAACAACGGAUCAGAACAUCAUCCGCCAUCGAACAACAGUUUGCAUCAUUCCCAUCAUCCGGGCUCAAGUGCUCUCCAUCACCAUCAGGGGUCGCCUCCGAACACCGGAACGCCAACUGGACAUCAUCCACAUCCGUCAGCGCCGCCAGUCCUGCUACACCCAGGUCAUCCUCUACAUCCACUUCAACAGCAGCAGCAGCACCAUCACCAUCAUCAUCAACAGCAGCAACCAGAGCGGCAAUUAUGCUAAUCAAUAUACUUCGACCGAGGCGGAAAAGGCGGACGACAGGAGCGGAAACGGAUACUGUUCAAAUUUCCCGAUAUCCAAUUGCCUGCGUUUUAUGCCAACGACGAUAUCGAUACGCGAGAAGGGGAUAUUUAUUUCCUAAUUGAUUUGAAUUCGAGCGACGACAGGCCACGCCGAGAUUGAUUGGCGAUUGAGAUUGAUGAGCGGUUGAUUUACAGUCGAUGUGGGUGAAUAAUCUAAUGAAUCUGUCUAAUCGUUUUGAAGAAUACACAUUAUACGUUAUGUAAUAUGACAGGGGCAUGUGGGAACGAUAGUUUUGGGGCAAACAAUGGUGAAGUUUAUGGUUGUGCAUUGAUGAUAAGGCUAGGUAUAUUCAACCAGUGCAGUGUACAUACGUAAACCAUUGAUUAGGAUAAUUAUUACCGAAAUGUUACUAGAAGUAUGCUUGAAAUGGUGUAACCCAACAUUAUUGUCGAAAUCGAAAAUAACUUGUGAAUUGUGGAAAUAAAUUUUAUAGAAACCAA